GAUCUCUUCUGAAUUGCAUCGCCAUAGAAAUCUUUCUUCUUAAGCAAUCCAAGAGCUCUGUUGCUUUAUAUAGACAUAUUUGCAUUAUUCAUAUAGCUGUGUUUCUGUUAAUCAGCAAUGUCUCUUUCUUGGCGACCAGCCUCUUUGACAUGCCUUCACAUCGCUUUUUGUGCAAAAUACUCACCUUCGUUACUCAUUUUUCUUUGUUGGCCUUUUUUUCCUGGACAUUGGUGCAGGGCCUGUUUUUGGUGUGCCAGUUACUCUUCGUCUUCCAUCACUUUACCAAAAAAGAAUUUUUGCUCCUUUCUGCCAUACUUGGAUAUGGUAUUCCAUCUGCUAUAGCCGGGGGCACUUUUUUGGCGUAUUAUCCUAAUAAGUACCUGAUGAGCAAUGCCUGCUGGUUGGAUAACAAAUCUGGUGCCUUUCUGCUGUUCGCCUUCCCUGCCAUUGUAAUUAUGGGUGGAAAUAUUCUCGUCCUGGUGGUUGUGAUUGCAAAAAUUUUCAAGUCGUCAGUCUCUCAAGGGAAGAGUGAGGACGACGAGGUGGUUGAGAAGCUCAUGAAAGCUGUUUUGUUCUGCACACCACAAUUUGGAUUGACUUGGGCUCUUGGAAUCCCCUUAUACGUAUACCCAAAGACUAUUUUCUUGCACUACAUAUUUGCCUUGCUCAACCCUCUGCAGGGCUUUUUCCUUCUACUGUUUGGGUGUCUCCUGGAUAAAAAGGUGAUUGAAGCUCUAAAAGAUAUUUUCAAGAAAAAAACCUCCCUAAACAGUCUGGGAGAAACAAAGAACAGCACUACCUGAACCAAGUUUUAUACGCUGUCUAUAAGAAUCCUGACUGCACUGCCUGUCAUACAGAUAGCCACAAGAGACUACAGCUGCCGAUAUGUAUAUAUAACACAACCAUUAAUAUAUGGUGCAGCAAGUAACAACUGUGAAAAAAAGGAAAUUUUUUAUGC